GUGACGCUGACGAUGGAAACAAAAAGGCAGAAGAGGAACCACAGCAACCGCUUGAGGAUACUCAUACAUAUAUGCCGACACGUCUGUCUCUUACUUUAUUCUUAAAAAACGCGUUCUUGUCGAGAAAAGUGAGCGGCACGCUAGAGAAUUCACGAUUGUAA